ACAUAACCUCAAACAAUAUCUUUGGAGACAUUUAGGAAGGCUCUGUGGGGAAGACGACAGGCCUAAAACAGAUUUGCAAGUAAUGAUGUGUGUUGUGGAUCUACAAUGAAAUUAAAUUAUUUUCUAGAGUGUAAUUAAUUUAAUAUUUGUUAUUCUCAAAUCAAACAUUUGAAAUCCAUGGCGAAUAACUUAUUCAAAUUCUUUAAAUACUUGCACCAACAAUUUCCUUCGUAUACAAAAAUAAGAGUGUUUCAUAAUAGUUUGGCACAAAGACAUGGCGAAUAUGAAUGGCAGGACCCCAAAUCUGAAGAUGAAGUGGUUCAUGUAACUUUCAUAAAGAAAGAUGGCCAUCGUGUAUUGGUAAGGGGUAAAGUUGGCGACAACCUCCUAUACUUGGCCCAUCGGUAUGAAAUUCCCAUGGAAGGAGCCUGUGAAGCAUCACUUGCUUGCACAACUUGCCAUGUUUACGUUAAGAAUAACUAUCAAGACAAACUACCUGAACCUGUUGAAAUGGAAGAAGAUCUCUUGGAUAUGGCCCCAUUCUUAAAAGAAAAUUCCAGGCUUGGGUGUCAAAUCAUUUUGACGAAGGAAUUGGAUGGACUAGAAGUUGAGUUACCCAAAGCAACCAGGAAUUUUUAUGUGGAUGGUCAUGUACCAAAGCCUCAUUAAUUUCUUAAUUUUCCAAAAUAUUUACUCUGUUGGUUGAUAUUAAUAAAUGUCGAAUUUGUAGAAGCAAUUUGUUUAAUUAUGUUGUAACAUUUCCAGAUUAAAAAUAGCUUAUUGAUUUCGCGAAAAUUGAAUGAUUUUGUGAAGUUGAUUUUCCCAGUUAUUGUUAAAAUGAUAAGUUAGUCACCACACUCACAGGACGUCAUAAUUUUUAUUACUGAUAAUUGGUAAAUAAUUUGCUCUACGAUAUUAA